GCUCUGGCUGUGUCUGAGUGAUCGCUGACAAGUCCAGAGUACAGCCCCAUUCCCAGAGACACACAAGCCUCCCCCAGACCCAGGAUCAACAGACACACACACACACAUACACCUCUAUACACAUGUUCUAGCAGGAAACACAUUUAGGAACAUUAGAGCUGAGCCAGCUUUGCUUCCUGUUGUGCUAGUAAGUGCAGCCCAGCCACAGCCAUGGGCAAUGGAAUGAACAAGAUUCUUCCUGGCUUAUUCAUAGGCAACUUUAAAGAUGCUCGGGAUAUUGAACAGCUUCACAAGAACAACAUUACUCACGUUUUAUCUAUACAUGACAGCGCCAGGCCAAUGUUAGAGGGCUUGAAGUAUCUCUGCAUUCCAGCAUCUGAUUCACCAAAUCAAAACUUGAUACAACACUUUAAAGAGAGUACAGCGUUCAUCCAUGAGUGUCGGCUGAAAGGAGAAGGCUGUCUUGUUCACUGCUUGGCAGGUGUUUCCAGGAGUGUAACCUUGGUAGUAGCUUAUGUCAUGACAAUUACAAAUUUGGAAUGGGAAGACGCAUUGGCAGCUGUUAGAGGGGCAAGGACAUGUGCCAACCCUAAUAUGGGUUUUCAGAAGCAACUUGAGGACUUUGGAAAACAUGAUGUCCGCCAGCACCGAAUAUGGUUAAAGGAGACCUUUGGAGAGAGUCCUUUCCAGGAUGAAGAGGAGGCCAAGCAACUUGUCGCCAAACAUAAGCAGAGGGAGGAAGAGACCAGCGCUGCAAGUUCGAGCAGACAGUGGAGCAGCCACUUAACCUCUCUUUCUUCCAUGGCAUACAGCAAUUACACAACAGAGACAUAAGUUUUUACUGUAGCACGUGUAUUUACUGUCUAAAUUACUUGGGUCACCACUAUAAAGUAUAGAAGCAGACACCACAUUGGUGACUGACAAUUGUUGAUACAGAAGCGGUUAGAUAUGAGUUAAGAGGUCUUAAGAACACAAAUUCAUGUGUAUAUCCCUGCAAAGAUGAGUAACGCAUUUGUGAAAUGCAAUUCGA